AUGGACGAUGACCUAGAGGACGAGAAGGAGGGUGGAACAGAGUACGGGCCAAUCCGUCGCGGAGGUCAGUCAUCUGAGAGCGGCAUCGUUUUCCAACCGACGGAGGUGGAGGAUGUAAUUGUUGAGACCAUCGAUGAAGAUAACAAGCAUGAUGGCGAAGCAGACCUGCCCUACAGCAAGCCGCACUUCCCUGCUUUGACCCCGAAAGAACAGGGGAUUAAGAAGCAGAUGCGCAGGAUCGCUGUACCUGCACACAGGAUGACUCCUUUGAAAGCCGCUUGGGUUCAGCUCAUCGAGCCAGUAGUGGAGCACAUGAAGCUGCAGGUGCGGAUGAACACGAAAAGAAGAGCAGUAGAAAUUCGGAACUCUGAACACACGCCUGACAUUGGCUACCUUCAGAAGGCCUCCGACUACAUGAAGGCUUUCAUGUUAGGGUUUGACCAGCCCGAUGCCGUGGCUCUGCUACGUUUGGACGAUCUCUUCAUUCAGUCCUUCGAGGUGAAAGAUGUAAAGCGACUGCAGGGAGACCAUCUAUCUCGUUGCAUUGGUCGUAUUGCGGGAAAGGACGGCAAAACGAAGUAUGCGAUCGAAAAUGCGACCCGAACACGAAUUUCCUUAUGCGAAGACAAGAUCCAUAUUCUGGGUUCCUUCGCCAACAUCAAGCUAGCCCGGGACUCUAUUUGCAGUCUUAUCUUGGGCAGUGCGCCUGGCAAGGUGUACACCAAGUUGCGGACGGUCUCAAAGCGGCUGCAGGAGCGGAUUUAA